UCUCGCCAGACCACCUUUCGUUCGCGCAACUUCAUAAACCGCACACACGAAGACGCAGCGAGCCGGAGACAUGCAGGCGUCCUGCAGGAGCUCGGAAGGCUGGGGACCAUUGAGCCGGCUACGCUACUUUGAUCUCACUCCUUGUUUUGAGGAAGGCAUCAUUCUUCCUGUCCUUCUUGUUGCCCUCCUCCUCGGUUCCCUCUUCAGGAUAUGGUCUUUGCAUGCGGCGAAGACACUACCGCGCACACAAAAUGUGAACAGAUGGUUGCUUAGGAUUAAAGUGGCACUAUUGGGACUGGUCACGCUCCUCAGCCUUUCUGACCUCGUAAUCGUCUUGAUUCUGCGCGAGCAUGUGGCCGUCACAGAAACCUACAUCCUCGAAUUACUUGCAUUCGCCGUCCUCCCAUUCUUGACUUACACCAACCACACCAAAACCCGCUCUUCAUCGACCAUCCUCCUCCUCUUCUGGCCCGCCUACCUUGGCUACCUCGCAUUAUGGACCCGUACGCUCGUCGCAACGCACGCCAUCCACGACCUUCAAAUUACCUUCGCCAUGCGCUGGGCCAUCUGUGGCGUCGGCCUUCUCGCGUUCGCAGUCGAAUGUAUGGGCCCGGAGUACAAGCCAGAGAACUUCGCGGAGGAUGGAACGCCUAUUGCGGAGAGUCCGUUGGUGACAGCAAAUAUAUUCAGUGUGUGGACAUUUGAGUGGAUGACACCGUUAAUGAAGAAAGGCGUGUCGCAAUAUAUCACGGAGGACGAUUUGCCACCUCUGUUGCCGAGGGACGAGUCGGAGAAGUUGGGCGAGGAUCUACAAGUGGCUAUGAAGAACCAUAAAAAGCUAUGGGUGUCAUUGUUCGCGGCCUAUGGAGGCCCUUACACCGUUGCUGCUGGGUUGAAAGUCUUCCAGGAUCUUCUCGCGUUCCUUCAGCCUCAACUUCUCCGUCUCUUCCUUGCCUUCAUUGCGAGGUAUCAAGCAGCGAAGUAUGGUAGUUCCAAGUCUUUGCCUCGCGAACCAACAACCCUCGAGACAUUCGUAAUAACCAACUUCUACCGGACUACAGAGACGUUCUCCAAUGAUCCUAGCCCCAUAGAAGGUUUCACUAUCGUCAUCAUCAUGUUCGUCGCAGCGAUCACCCAAACCAUAAUCUUGCACCAAUACUUCCAACGCACCUUCGAGACAGGCAUGCGCGUCCGCGCCGGCCUCGUCGCCGCGGUCUACAAGAAAGCACUGAUAUUAUCAUGCGGAGAACGUGGAAGGGCGAGCGGCGAUAUCGUCAAUCUGAUGUCUGUGGAUACGACGAGGUUGCAGGAUUUCUGUACGUUUGGGUUGAUCGCGAUUUCGGGGCCGUUGCAGAUCAUCCUGGCGUUCGUCUCGCUGUACAACCUCCUCGGCUGGUCGGCCUUCGUCGGCGUCGCCAUCAUGGUCGUCUCUAUCCCGCUGAAUACUUUCAUGGCUCGUAUCAUGAAAACGAUGCAGGAGAAGCAGAUGAAGAACAGGGAUAAGAGGACGAGGCUUAUGAGCGAGUUGUUGGCGAAUAUUCGCAGCAUUAAGCUGUAUGCUUGGGAGCAUGCAUUCAUAAGGAGGAUAUUGUUUGUGAGGAACGAUCUAGAGUUGAAGAUGAUGAAAAAGAUCGCGAUUUUCAACGCUUUCAAUACUACGAUCUGGUUCGGUAUUCCUCUGCUGGUGGCGUUCAGCUCGUUCGUAACGGCGACAUACGUCUCUGACAAGCCGCUCACAUCCGAUAUCAUCUUCCCUGCUAUCUCUCUGUUCAUGCUGUUGCAGUUCCCGCUCGCUAUGUUUAGUCAAGUCAUCUCGAACUCGAUCGAGGCGAUGGUCUCCGUCCGACGUCUACAAAACUUCUUCGACUCUGAGGAGCUGCAACGCGAUGCGCGCACGAUCGAAUACAAGCCUGACCUGUCGGCUGGUGAAGUCGUCCUCUCCAUCGAAGACGGCGAAUUCUCCUGGUCCAGACCCUCCGAAUCGCUCUCCCCCGCCCUCGAAGGCAUAAACCUCACAGUCCGAAAAGGCGAGCUCAUCGGUGUCAUGGGCCGCGUCGGCGCGGGCAAGACGAGUCUCCUGAGCGCGAUCAUAGGCGAUAUGUACAGGACGGAUGGGAGCGUGAUCUUGAGGGGAACGGGCACGGUGGCGUAUGCGCCACAGAAUCCGUGGAUUAUGGGGGCGACGGUUAGGGAGAAUAUAUUGUUUUCGCAUGAGUGGGAUGAGGAGUUUUAUGGGCUUGUUAUUGAAGCUUGUGCGCUCAAGCAGGAUUUGGCGUUGAUGCCAGAUGGCGACAUGACCGAGGUCGGUGAGAGGGGUAUUACGCUGAGUGGUGGGCAACGUGCUCGUGUGGCGCUUGCUCGCGCGGUGUACGCUCGUGCUGACCUAACGCUGCUUGACGAUGUACUCGCCGCGCUCGAUUCUCACGUCGCUCGCCAUGUCUUUGAUCAUGUAAUGGGUCCUCACGGUAUACUGUCCACCAAGGCCAGAAUCCUUGUCACCAAUAGCGUACAUUACGCCUCGGAGUUCGACCACAUCCUUUAUCUCAGGCGCGGUAUCGUCCUCGAAUCCGGACCUUACGCGAAGCUCAUGGCAGACCAGGACAGUGAGCUAUCCAAGGUCAUACGUGGCGCCGGUGGUUCCAGUACAUCGGGGACGAGUACACCAUUCACUCGAGUUGGUAGCGCUACCCCCGGAGAAACGGAAGGCGUCUCUGGCACACCAAUAGAUGACGGCACGCUCACAGCUGAGAAGAUCGAAAGUCUGGCCGAGAGGCUCACGCGCAAAAAAUCGUUCAGUCGAGCCGUUCUCGUCAAGUCUCCAAAAACUCGCAAGGGCCGCUCUUCCGCCGCGAAUGGCGCUCCCAAUGGCAAUGGCACUCCGAACGGUACAGUAGCUACCACCGCCCGCGGAACGAUCACCACGAAAGAACAGUCUGCUCAAGGCCGUGUCAAGACCUCAGUGUAUUCGCAAUACAUCAAAGCCGCGUCAAAGACCGGUUUCGCCAUCUUCAUACUUACGAUCAUCCUGUCCCAGGCGGCGUCGAUCCUUGCGAAUGUGAGCUUGAAGAUGUGGGGAGAAGAGAAUAGGGAGCUCGGUGCGAACUCAGGCAAGUUUAUUGCUGCGUAUGGGGUCUUCAGUUUGUCGUCGAUCGUGUUGAAUGCGGCGGGGGCGAUUGCGAUUUGGGUGCUUUGUGCGUUGAGGAGCUCGAAGACUAUGCAUGAUUCGAUGUUGCAUUCGGUUAUGAGGGCGCCGUUGAGUUUCUUCGAGAUGACGCCUAGUGGUCGUAUCAUGAACUUGUUCUCGCGUGAUACCUAUGUUGUGGAUCAGGUUCUUGCUCGUGCCAUCCAAAUGCUCUUCAGGACGGCCGCUUCAUGUCUUGGUAUCAUAGUUGUAAUCGGUAUCAGUUUCCCUCCCUUCCUCAUCGCCGUUAUUCCUCUUGGAUACCUCUACAGCCGAGUGAUGGUCUACUACCUCGCCACCUCACGCGAACUGAAACGUCUCGAUGCCGUCUCGAAAUCACCCAUCUUCUCCUGGUUCUCCGAGUCCCUAAACGGCCUCUCCACCAUCCGUUCCUUCAAUCAACAGUCCGUCUUCAUCGCGCAGAAUGAGCGCAGGAUAGACAGGAACCAAAUCUGUUACCUCCCGAGUAUCAGCGUGAAUAGGUGGUUGGCGGUGAGGCUCGAGUUUGUCGGUGCUGCGAUUAUAUUGACGGCGGCGGGGUUGAGUAUGGUGGGGUUGAUAACGACGGGGGUGGAUGCGGGAUUGGUUGGGUUGGUGUUGAGUUAUGCGUUGAGUACAACUGGGAGUUUGAACUGGGUGGUUCGACAAGCUAGCGAAGUUGAACAGAAUAUUGUUAGCGUCGAGCGGAUUCUUCAGUACAUCGAAUUGCCUCCGGAAGCACCGUACGAGAUUCCAGAGGCUAAACCAGAUAGUGUGUGGCCAGCAGAAGGCGCCCUUGAGUUCCGCGGGUACUCGUUGAGGUAUAGGCCGGAUUUGGACCUUGUGUUGAAGGAUGUUUCCUUGAAUAUUAAACCGAGAGAGAAAAUCGGUGUAUGCGGAAGGACUGGCGCCGGAAAGUCUUCACUUCUCCUUGCUCUGUUCAGGAUCCUUGAGCCUGCUUCGGGAACGAUCUUCAUCGACGGCGUGGAUAUCACAAAAAUCGGACUGCUCGAUUUGAGAUCCAGCAUCUCCAUCGUCCCCCAGUCUCCCGACCUUUUCGAAGGCACUAUCAGAGAGAAUAUCGAUCCUGUUGGAGAACAUGCAGACGCAGAUAUUUGGGUUGCAUUGGGCCAGGCGCACCUAAAAGAGUAUGUGGAGAGUCUACCUGGUGGUCUUGACGCGCCUGUCAGGGAGGCGGGCUCGUCAUUAUCUGCGGGCCAACGACAGUUGGUUUGUUUCGCACGAGCACUCCUGCGCAAGACGAAAAUCCUCGUGCUCGAUGAAGCCACCUCCGCCGUCGAUCUGGAGACGGAUAAAAACAUCCAGGAUAUUAUACGUGGCCCUCAGUUCGAGAACGUGACGAUGCUUACUAUAGCACACCGAAUGAACACCAUUAUCGAUUCGGAUCGGGUGUUAGUGCUCGAAGCGGGACAGGUCGCGGAGUUUGACGCGCCCAAGACGCUGCUUGAGAAACCGGAGUCGCAGUUCCGUUCUUUGGCUGCAGAGGCGGGCAUCGUGUAGAUCAGUGCAGCAUUUGUAGAAGGAGUGUGGGGAAAUGAAUUGGUAGUAGAAGUGAUAUCAUGAGGUGCGGCCUAGAGGCUAGAGCACAUACGUAGAUGUUCCGUAAUUUUCAUUGUUUGUCGAUGAUUAUUUUCGCGGUGUUUUGCCGCUUUGGGCCUCGAAGAUGCACGAUUUGAAAUAGCUCGUUUUA